UACCCGCUUCUUCCCCGCCCCUUCCGUUUCCCCGACGCGUGCGCCCUUUUAUUCGGCUCUCCUAGGUUUCCGGGGGUCCUGCCCCUUCCAGCCGGGGCGGGAGCGGAGGACCACACGCCUAGGAGUAGCCCGACCAUGCGUUGGGGGCUGCGCCCUCGCGGGCCUGGGGCCGCGGCCCUGGCCACGGCCCGAAGUUUGUGGGGGACGCCUCGCUUUCCCUGCCGCCCGGGAUGGCUACAGGCGACGAAAAGGCUUCUGGUGCAGUCGGUCUCCGGGGCCAGUAACCACCAGCCGAACUCGAAUAGCGGCAGAUACCGGGACACGGUGCUGCUACCACAGACCACCUUCCCCAUGAAGCUGCUGGGCCGCCAGCAGCCGGACACGGAACUGGAGAUCCAGCAGAAAUGUGGAUUUUCAGAACUUUAUUCAUGGCAAAGAGAAAGAAAAGUAAAGACAGAAUUUUGCCUUCAUGAUGGACCUCCUUAUGCAAAUGGUGACCCUCAUGUUGGACAUGCUUUAAAUAAGAUUUUGAAAGACAUAGCCAAUCGAUUCCAUAUGAUGACUGGUUCCAAAAUACAUUUUGUGCCCGGCUGGGAUUGUCAUGGGUUGCCCAUUGAAGUAAAAGUAUUAUCAGAACUUGGUGGAGAAGCUCAGAAUCUUUCAGCUAUAGAAAUUCGAGAGAAAGCUAGAUCAUUUGCUAAAGCAGCCAUUGAGAAACAGAAAUUAGCAUUUAUACGUUGGGGAAUAAUGGCAGAUUGGAAUAAUUGCUACUUUACAUUUGAUGGGAAGUAUGAAGCCAAACAGUUGAGAACUUUUUACCAAAUGUAUGAAAAGGGCUUGGUUUAUCGAUCUUAUAAACCUGUGUUUUGGUCUCCCUCAUCUAGGACUGCAUUGGCUGAAGCAGAACUUCAAUAUAAUCCUGAGCAUGUCAGUCGUUCCAUAUAUGUAAAAUUUCCUCUCUUAAAACCUUCUCCUAAAUUGGCAUCUCUUAUAGAUGGUUCAUCUCCUGUUAGUUUUUUGGUCUGGACCACACAGCCUUGGACAAUUCCAGCCAAUCAAGCUGUUUGCUAUAAGCCAGAAUCGAGGUAUGCUGUUGUGAAAUGUUCUAGGUCUGGAGACCUCUACAUACUGGCUGCAGAUAAAGUAGCAUCUGUUGCUUCUACUUUGGAAACAACGUUUGAGACUAUUUCAACAUUUUCAGGUGUAGAUUUGGAAAAUGGUACUUGUAGUCAUCCAUUAAUUCCUGAUAAAGCCUCUCCUCUUUUACCUGCAAAUCAUGUGACCAUGGCAAAAGGAACAGGAUUGGUUCACACAGCCCCAGCUCAUGGUAUGGAAGAUUACAGUGUAGCGUCUCAGCACAACCUGCCCACGGAUUGUUUAGUGGACGAAGAUGGAGUUUUCACAGAUGUCGCAGGUCCUGAACUUCAAAACAAGGCUGUCCUCGAAGAGGGAACUGAUGUGGUUAUAAAGAUGCUUCAGACCGCAAAGAAUUUGUUGAAAGAAGAAAAAUUGGUACACAGCUAUCCCUAUGACUGGAGGACUAAGAAACCCGUGGUUAUUCGUGCCAGCAAGCAGUGGUUUAUAAACAUCUCGGAUGUUAAGACUACAGCCAAGGAAUUGUUAAAAAAGGUGAAAUUUAUUCCUGGAUCAGCACUGAAUGCCAUGGUUGACAUGAUGGACAGGCGGCCAUAUUGGUGUAUAUCAAGGCAAAGAACUUGGGGUGUUCCAAUUCCUGUGUUUCAUCAUAAGACAAAGGAUGAAUACUUGAUCAACAGCCAAACUAUUGAGCAUAUUGUUAAACUAGUGGAACAGCACGGCAGUGAUAUCUGGUGGACUCUUCCCCCUGAGCAACUUCUUCCAAAAGAAGUCUUAUCUGAGGUUGGUGGUCCUGAUGCCUUGGAAUAUGUGCCAAGUCAGGAUAUUUUGGACAUCUGGUUUGAUAGUGGAAUUUCAUGGUCUAAUGUUCUGCCAGGUCCUGACCAAAGAGCAGAUUUGUACUUGGAAGGAAAAGACCAGCUUGGGGGUUGGUUUCAGUCAUCCUUAUUAACAAGUGUGGCAGCAAGGAAGAAAGCACCUUAUAAGACAGUGGUUGUUCAUGGAUUUACCCUUGGAGAAAAGGGAGAAAAGAUGUCCAAGUCUCUUGGGAAUGUCAUUAAUCCUGAUGUUGUCAUUAAUGGAGGACAAGAUCAAAGCAAAGAGCCUCCCUAUGGUGCUGAUGUCCUUCGCUGGUGGGUAGCUGCGUCCAAUGUCUUCACUGAAGUUACAAUUGGCCCAUCCGUGCUCAAUGCUGCCAGAGAUGAUAUUAACAAGCUUAGGAAUACACUCCGCUUUCUUUUGGGAAAUGUGGCUGAUUUCAACCCAGAAACCGAUUCCAUCCCUGUUAAUGAUAUGUAUGUCAUAGACCAGUAUAUGCUACACUUACUGCAGGAUUUGGCAAACAAGAUUACCGAAUUAUACAAACAAUAUGAUUUUGGAAAAGUGGUUCGGCUGUUACAGACAUUUUAUACCAGAGAACUCUCUAACUUUUAUUUCAGUAUAAUCAAAGAUAGGCUUUAUUGUGAAAAGGAAAAUGACCCCAAACGACGCUCUUGUCAGACUGCAUUAGUUGAAAUUUUGGAUGUAAUAGUUCGUUCUUUUGCUCCCAUUCUUCCUCACCUGGCUGAAGAGGUGUUCCAGCACAUACCUUAUAUUAAAGAGCCCAAGAGUGUUUUCCGUACUGGGUGGAUUAGUACUAGUUCUAUCUGGAAGAAGCCUGGGUUGGAAGAAGCUGUGGAGAGCGCAUGUGCAAUGCGAGAUUCAUUUCUCGGAAGCAUCCCUGGCAAAAAUGCAGCUGAGUACAAGGUCAUCAUCGUGAUAGAACCGGGACUGCUUUUUGAGAUAAUAGAGCUUUCACAUGCUUCCUUCCAGAUGCUGCAGUCUGAAGAGACUUCCAGCACCUCUCAGUUGAAUGAAUUAAUGAUGGCUUCUGAGACAACUUUACUGGCUCAGGAACCACGAGAGAUGACUGCAGAUGUAAUUGAGCUUAAAGGGAAAUUCCUCAUCAACUUAGAAGGUAAGAAGGACAUGAAAAUAACAAGUAACAUCUGGAGAACUGAAUAAUCAUAAGCCAUCUCCAACUUUCCAGUGAACUAGAUUUAUUCUAAAGGCAGUUAUAUACUUGGAAUACAUCCUUCUAUGGAAAUAAUAUAAAUGGUUACCAAGUUUCUAAGCCCACUCUUAAAACUCUCUUAUCUGAUGAUCCUGGGAACUGAGGGCUAGGGACAGAAGAGACUUUCUUUCUGUCCUUUGAAUAAAUAUUGGUUAUUGUACGUGAGGUUUAUGUUAGUCUGACUUGCUCCCAUUUCCCUUUGUGUCCCCCUGCCUUGAUACUUAGUACCCCAGUACUGGCGCAGGCCUGCCCACCAUUCCUCAGUGUUGAUGCAAAAAUUUCCUGUUAAUGUAUACCCCAGAUUAAAAUAUUUAGCCAUUCUUUUGAGGGGUUAAGGAGGAAGUUUUGUUGAGCUCAUUCUAACGAUAGUAUGUCAUAAGGAAGCAUUUUGUAGAUGCUUGUUUUAUAGAUUUAAAAAGUUAACCUGG